AUCGAGAUUUAGGACAUAUAUUUGUGUGUUUUCGCCUGCUUGGAUUCGUCCACGGGUGUUUGAUUUAAUGUGCCUAUAAAAGAACGUCGCAGGAUCGAAAGGAAGCUAGUCAAAGAUCAGUUUCGGAAGGAACACAACGUGGUCUAGGGUACAUUAUCGUAGCGUCACAAUUCUAAAACUACAAGUGUGAUAGUGAGGUACGUAAACAGAAUAAACCGCAAACAUGAAUCCCGCUCAUUGUCUAAUGUUGUUAAUAGUCGCCACAGCAACUUUUGCCUUUCCCCAAUCUGAAGUAAUUGCAGCUGUGCAAGAUCCUGUUUCCGUACCGGAACAACUCGCCGAACAGCAAACUGCCGCUGAGCAGCCAGUUCAGGUUCCCGCAGAUUUGGCUCAGAUCGUUGAGCAGCCAUCAAAUGGAGGUGAGGAGGAGGCUGCACGUCGGAAGCGUCAAUUUGAGGAAAUCGAUAUCGAAAUCGUAAACGUAAACCGUGGAGGACCAGGGUUCAAUGGUGGCUAUCCUGGAAAUGGUGGCUACGGAGGUUACGAAAAUUAUGGUAAUGGUGGGUUCCCUCCCCGUCAUCAUCAUCAUCAUCGUGAACGGUGGUAGCUUCGAAGUUAAUGUGUGAUAUAAAUUUGAUCGCUCCUUGUUUGAGAGAUCACCGACUGGUAUUCGUGUUUGUUUGGACUCUUUAUUAUGUUGUGAAAUAAAAUAUUCAUAUAA